CACCCCUAGAGGCCGGGGGGUUUGGUUGCACACAGGCUGCAGUUUCAGUUUGUUUUAUUCACCAUUUUGAGUAGCUGAAGGUAAAAAAAAUAAGAAUAUCUGCGUGUAGAGGACAGGUCGCUGCCCUACUUUUAUUUUCACGCGCUAGCUCGGACGGUGGAGUCGUGCGUCAGCCUCGCUCCCCUCGGUGUUUUGCAGAGCGGGAAUCUAUAUUUCCUUUUUUCCCCUGUGCUUUUCAGUCUCCCCCUUUCUUACAUCCUUAACCUCUACAGUAUUCCUGCAAAAUGUCAAGACCAGUGAGGAACAGGAAAGUGGUGAACUACUCGCAAUUCAACGAGUCUGACGACGCAGAUGAGGAGUAUGGUGACAAUAAGCCUAAGAAGGUGCGCGCAGCCCCUCGUGAGCCCAAGCACAAGCGCUCAAAGAACUCACAGGAUGAGAGUGAGGAGUCUGAUGACAAGCUCUCAAAAUCCAAAAAUGAUUCAGCAGAUGACUUCGGCAGUGACGAUGAAGACAAUGACUUUGGAGAGGAGGAGGACGAAGACGGAGGAAGUGACUAUGAAGAAAAAAAAGGGAAAAAGGCAAAGAAAGCCAAGGUGGAGAAGCCCAGCAAGAGGGCGCCGAAGAGAAAACGGGCUGCAGGUACAUAGUUUCUUCUUCUACAUACUGUCCCAGUCACAUUUGAACAGUGUGCAUACGUUCUACUUUAAGUCUACAGUACAGUGUGGUAAUAUGAAGUGUUGAAUGUGUACAGUGAAUGCUGGUUGUUGUGUCCAUUUAGUUUAAAACACGCUAUGUGGCAUGUUAUGUUGUCAUACAUGCACAGAGAUGUUUGUAGGAGUCCAUUAAGUCCAGUACCAGUGCAUGAGUCGCACUGGGCUGAAGCAUUUGACUUUAAAUUGUUUGUAAAAACAUUAUUUUACAUUUAGUGUUGUACUUAAAUUGCUAACAUUUAAAGUGACGAUCUUUAUUGAAAUGGCUACAUAGUCGUCCACUUAUGUUUAAUAAUGACAAAUGACCAAUGUGUUUUAUGCAUAUGUUGCUUUAUGAAGUAAUUAAACAUGAUUACACCAA